UGCGCGCGCGAGGUCCCGGAACGCUGACGUCAGCAGCAGGAGGCGGCGCUCACUCGCGCCGUGUCCGCGCCCGGAUCUGGUGCAGGUAGUGAUGGAGCUGCGGAGCGAGUUGCUGAAGUCCAUCUGGUAUGCGUUCACGGCGCUGGACGUGGAGAAGAGCGGCAAAGUGUCCAAGUCCCAGCUGAAGGUCUUGUCUCAUAAUCUGUGUACUGUGCUGCAUAUCCCACAUGACCCAGUGGCACUCGAAGAGCAUUUCAGAGAUGACGAUGAUGGACCUGUCUCCAGCCAGGGCUAUAUGCCGUACCUCAAUAAAUACAUCCUUGAUAAGGUUGAGGAAGGUGCCUUUGUCAAAGAGAACUUUGAUGAACUCUGCUGGACCUUAUCUGCAAAGAAGAACUACAAACAUGACAAGAAUGGAAACUGUACAAUUUCAGAUCGUGAUGCCUUCAGGCUAUGGUGCCUUUUUAACUUCCUGUCAGAGGACAAAUAUCCCCUGGUGAUGGUUCCUGAUGAGGUGGAAUAUCUGCUGAAGAAAAUCUGUACAGAAAUGAAUGUAGAGUGGAAUGCAGGGGAAUUGGAUGACUUCUUUUCCCAGGAGAGCUUCCAUCAGAAUGGAAUCUCAGUCUGGGUGUUUUUGGAGUGGGUGAAUUCCGGAAGGUUUACCAGAGGAAUUGAAAGAGAAACAGUCACAAUGGCAGUGGAAGAGGUCUAUCAAGAAAUUAUUGAGGAUGUGCUUAAACAGGGUUACUUGUGGAAGAAAGGCCAGUUGAGGCGCAAUUGGACAGAGCGGUGGUUUAUUCUCAAGCCAAGUACUCUCUCCUACUUUGUGAGUGAGGAUCGGAAGGAAAAGAAGGGCAGUAUCCCACUGGACCGGAACUGCUGUGUUGAGGUUCUAGCUGACCGAGAUGGCAAAAGGUGCAUGUUCUGUGUAAAGACCCCAUCAAGAACGUAUGAGAUGAGUGCAUCAGACACAAAGCAGCGACAGGAAUGGACAACAGCUAUUCAGACAGCUAUACGGCUACAAGCGGAGGGAAAGAAGUCGUUACACAAGGACUUGAAACAGAAAAGACGUGAUCAAAGAGAGCUUCGAGAGAAGCGAAGGGCAGCAAAAGAGGAAGAGCUGCAGCGACUUAAACAGCUUCAGGAGGAAAAGGAAAGAAAGUUGCAGGAACUAGAAUUACUUAAGGAGGCUCAGCGACAGGCAGAAACAUUGCUUAAGGAGGAGAAUCAGCGAAGGAAACAGCAGCACGAGGAAAUGCAAAGGGCGCUGGAGAUACAGCUUCGACAAGCUGAACAGGCUCGAGCCAACAUGCAAGCAGAGAUGGAAUUGAAGGAGGCAGAGGCAGACCGUCAGAAAAAGCGGAUUCAUGAACUAGAGGAUUUGCAGAAACAACUAGAGGAGGCUCUUUAUGCUGAAGUAACUGCUCGGCAGGACGAGGAAGCAAAGAGAUAUGCACAGACCAGAUUGCUGUCUGAGGAGGAAGAGAAGAUGAAAGAACUCAUGCAGCUGAAGGAAGAGCAGGAAGAGCUAAUAAUAAAGACCCAGAGAGAAAAGCAAGAGUUAAAGCAAGAAAUGGAAAAUAAAACCAGGAUUUUAGAGGAGGCUCAGAAACAACUGGAGGAAGUGCGGGUCAACAGGCAGCGAGCAGACCAGGAUGUGGUGGCUGCACAGCGAAAAUUACGCCAAGCAAGUUCACAUGUUAAACACUGGAAUGUCCAGAUGAAUAGACUAAUGCAUCCAAUUGCACCAGGAGAAAAACGCCCUCUCGCAGGAUCUACGAGUGGAUCAUCUUUCCGAGGAACAGGAGGGCAGAGGCUAGAGGAGUAAAAUCACCAGGAAGACCUGAAGAAAUAGGUUAUGCAACGGCUGGAGGGUGAAGAAAGGCAUUUCUAUCAAAUCAUUGUCAACUGUCCUUUAAGCACAAACUCUAAUAGAGUACAUUCUUUAAGUGAACAGUUGAAAUGAAAUUCAGUGGAAAUAAGAAACCUGUUUCAGGGAUCACCAUUGAGGACCCAGAGUAUACUCCAUAUUCCACAAGGAAAACUGCGUUGAACUGGUCUGAAUAUCAGCUGUUUCGGUAUAGUUUGAUUUCCAUAUUUACGACAUCAUAUAGUUCAGACUCAUCCAACAUAAGGCAUGAAAGACCGACGACAAGAAGAAAGUCAGUUGUUAUCUUGAUCUUCUUCCAUAGUAAUAAAUGAUCUUCCAAUAUUCUCACAUUCUGAAGCAAUCAACAAAAGUUUGCAUUCAAUAGAAAGCACUGAAUAAUGUUUUCUUUCUCAGAAAGAACAAGGACUACAAAGUAAGAUUGGACCAUUUUUCAUAUUUGCAUUGCUGCAUACCACGUGAUAGUUUAGGAAUUUAAGUACAACAUUGAAUAACAAAAACAUCUGUGUUUAAUAAUGAAUGUCUAGUUCUAAAUGAAUCUACUUUUUAUGUCCAGAAAAGAUUUAAAUGUAACUUCAACAUCAAAAGUUUGCUUUUAAAAUCAGUCCAUUUAUAAUCCAAUGUAUUCACAUUUUUUUUCAAUAUGGAAACAUUCCUUGUUAAAUAACUUGUUUUUUCAUUUUAUGUUCCUUAACAACAAAGGAACCCUCAGACUUUGCACAAUCUGAUUUUUGGUCUGAUAAGUGUAACACAGUACUUGCACAACUUACAAAGUAUAAAGUGAUCAAGUAAGUUAAUUUUAAAUUAAAUAUUUCAGAUCGAUUGUAAACUGGUUUGAAACUCUGGGUUCAUAGAAUUGUAUCUGAAUGAUAUUAUAAACAUAAAUGUGAAGAAUGUACAUAAUCAGAUGUUUCCUUGACAGCACUGUUCCCUCGAAGCUGUGGCCAUGCAGUAACUGAAAUACUGCUGCGCACAUCAUCUUUGUUGCCACGCAUCUGGAAUGUUCUUCUAUAUAAAGUUUUAUUUAAGUGCCGUGCAGUUUUCAGGCCACGUAAUAAUUUCCUACUCAGAGCAAUGGUUGUUCUGCGCAGUUGUAAAAAAAAAAUUAGAGGGAAUAUUGCUUGAUAGUGUGGUACAAUUGUUCAAUUUUGUACAGACAAUGUAAGAAUGCAGGGUAUAAGUUCUUUCUGUAAUUCAUAAAUAAUUGGCAGCUUUAUUCCUGCAAUGUUCUUUAAAAUAAAUAUGUUCUUUAUUUUUGUGCUACAGUAAGAAAAUAUUUCAUAUCAUCUCAGAACUGCUAUUAUUUUUUCUGCUUAAAUUUGUAAAAUAAACAUGCAGUUAUUUUUGAAUAAAUACUUUCUAAAAUGCUGCCUGUGCAGCAUUUGAACAAAAUAAAAGGGCAGGGUACAAAGUAGCCCAAAUCUAGAAGUUAUCUAUUUUAUAAAGAUAGAAUAGAUUUGGAUGCACACAGAAAUUUGUUAAUAUAAAUGGUGUUUAUAAUUUGUUUAGUGCCUUACAAAAUACAACUAAUGGGAUUCCAUAAUUUUAAAAUUGUUUUCCUAAAAGUGAGAUUUUCUGAUUUUACCUGUUUUGUGUCAAGUUCUAAUUAUUCAGCGAGCUGACAGUGAGAACUGUUGAAGUUAUAGUCAGAGUCUCAAUUUUAUAUAGUAAGUGUUUCAUAUAAAGAACUCUAUGAUACAGUAACUCUAUACUAUUCUGAUUUUAAUGAAUACUUCUGUGGAAAGUCACAGAAUUGGAGAGAAGUAGAUUGUUUGUAAAUCCCAAAACAUUGAUAAAUACU